AUGGGUCGUUCAUUUUAUUCCGACGAAGAGGACAUUUUGCCAACUCCAGGACUUAACCAGGCUAUUCCCAAGGACCUCAGCAAAAAAGAGAAUUUACUCAAAAACCCACAUAAGCAGGUGGUGGAGGGGAAAGUCAUCAGUACCAAUAGCACGCUAGAGAAAUACGCCAAACAAGCCCGUGAAUAUGCUGUUCAGAAGCUGGACAUAUUCGAUGCCGAGUACAGGAACCUUCACGCUGCAUAUCUGAAUGAAAAGCGAAAUGUAAUCGAGAGGUAUCACCAACUAGUUGCCGAACCUGUUCUUCCUUCCGGAUUGUACAUCUUGACUGCUAUGCUUACAGGUUCGAUCAUGGUGCGCACCAGGUCUUUGCCUCUUCGGUUCGUUACUCCUAUGGCUUUUGGAUUGGUUGCCACAGGAUACCUGAUGCCAAAGACUCUGCAAAACACCACAGGCUGGCUGGACUCUCUUUCAAGAGAAAAUUUCCCAGAGGUCAGCAAGCAAAUAGACGAUGCUGCCAAACAAUUUUCAGAUUGCCUGUCUGGUAUGGAGACGACUCGCUCGAAAUGGCGGCAAUCGCUUACGGAUAGCGUCAGAAAAGCAAGACUGGAGCUUUUGCAAUGGACUCAGGAUAAAAAAUGA